CAUGGUUUUUUGAUAAUCUCGUACAUGACUUUCUUUUAAUGAUUAAUAGCGGUUAACCAGGCUUAAAUCGACAAWUACUCGUCAAAUCGUCAUCGCUGUUGAAAGCAAAACUCAAUUAACGGACCGACUGCGCUGUCACUUGAGUCAUUUCAGGUUGGCUUCCCGUGURGAAACAUCGACGUCUUUACAGGUACAAAGUUUGGGUGAAGGAACAUCUUGAACAUGAACAUGGAACCAAAUGGCACAGAAGCGGCCUUCACUGGAAAAGGAAAUGGAACGAGAAGUGGGAGCUUGGAUGAGGGAUUUCCUCUGGUUCUCGUUAUAUUUUACAGCCUUCUGUACAUUGGUAUUUAUAUUGUUGCGAUAGCGGGCAACGUAAUGGCCUUGUUGACUUGUUUCAAAAACUAUAGAAUCACGACGUCCAUUCUUCUGGUGUACAUCGCAAGUCUUGCCAGUGCUGAUCUUUUGUUUAUCCUUCUCUCUACCUUUGACUACGUGUAUUUUUUCACCAAGAACUGGCCUGGAGGAAACGCUGGUUGCAAACUCCAAGGAUUCUUGAUCGAGACAUCGUAUUCUGCCUCCAUACUGACAUUGGUGGCCAUCAGCUAUGAGAGACUUCGUUCUGUCGCUUCAAAGACUCUUGCGCGAAAACAACGCAUUGAGCGCCGCACAAUCAUCACCAAAGCCAUCUGGGUUUUCUCUGCCGUUAUUUCUGUUCCCUUGCUCUACGGAUAUUCAGUUAUUCCUGAGGAGAUGACAGGCAAUUCUUUGUGCGUCAAUAAUGUAUCAUGGGGCGACAAAGGAAGGCAACUGUACUAUUCCUGUCAGGCAGUGUUUAUCUAUUUGGUGCCGUUGUUCUUCAUGAUCUGGGCGCAUUACAGAAUCUUUCGAGUGCUUAAAGUACACACGCAGAAGAAAAUGAUCAGCAGUGUCGAGUCUAAACAGCGCAAGAUUACUCACAUGUUGGCUGUCGUUACGCUCAUCUUCUUCGUUUGUUGGUCUCCUUUCAUCGUGGUGCGAGCUCUAAGGUACUUUUACGCCUAUGAGGGACUCGAACUUUGGAAACUCACUCAACUCGUUAUCCUUCUCAACUCUGCCGUCAAUCCUGUUCUUUACUGCUUCUACAGCGGUCAGUUCAGGUCUGCGUUCAAGGAUAUGAUCCGUUGUCAAUGGAAGUUAAACCUACGAAAGCUCUCUACUCGCGGUUCGCGCAGACACAGGGAUGGCCUGCACAGCUAUAGCCCAAACAGUUUCGCAGACAAAUCAGAGGCAGAUCACAGCAGUUCAAGUUGGAACAAACUAGAAACCCUCAAAAUCAAUAACCCCGUGUAGAAAACGCAACUAGGAAACAUUCACGAUACUAUAAACACAAAACAUUUUACAGUACAUUUUAGUCUCAUCAGUCGCAAGAAUAAAAUCUCACACUCUAGAAGUAAUUAAUAUGAUAACGAUAACAAUUAGUGAAUAACUAUCAAGAUAGCGUUUAUUAGUUAUUAUGAUCAGUAUUGUAUUGCAGAUAGUGUACUACAGCUCCAGGAACAAAGUAGUUUCGUCUUUUGGAACUGAUUUAAAAUCUGCAACAAAUUAGAAACAAUUCUACUCAAGUUUCAAAACCGGCGAAACCUUUGCUUUUGCUUUAAAUCUUAAGUUUUUCUAGUUUAUAAUGAUUGAUUUUCGAACUUUAAUAAGUUACUCCAGACCAAUUUGAUUCCAUUAUUGUUUAUCUUUUAUUCGGCUGUUGUCUGAGCAAGCAUAAUCAGUGAACGGAACAUUACUAUGGAGGAAGCAGGAGGGCAAGAGUUGACGUAGAGGUUGAGUCACGUUUCUUAGUUAACGUGUACAUACAGUACAUUAURCUGACAAAAAUAAGAAAACUCUUUACCUCAAGAUAAAACUAYAAGAAAAACAUGCCAGGAUUUGACAGAAAAAUGUCUUAUACUAUGCGUCUUAAAAUCCAUUUUUUCAGUAGGGUCGUGUUUCUACUUAUAAUUACGUAAGAAAUACGAAUCACGUCAGUGUACUAUAUAGAGCGUGAACUUAGCGUAAAUACUUUGUUAUAUAAUUAUUURAAUUAGGGCUCAAUAGCCUGAAGCAAGGCAUUAAAUUACAAGAUAUAUUCAAUCUAGGGUAGUUAGGGUAAAAGAAAAUGUAAAGACAAAUGACAAAAAAAUAUUAACUAUAAUUACGAUAGGUUAUCAGUAGGUCGUAGUUGACGGCAUCUUUCAUGGAUGUUACAAAACCAGACAACACAAAUAAAAGCACAGUUCCAAAAACA